CAUCGCCUGUGUUAAAGAGUAAUUCCAAAUGAAAACGUUUUAAAAAUGCAGAUUUUAUAAACAUGUAUUUUUGAUUCCAAUGAAGGUUUGUAUUCUGUUUGGGUUGGAGAAUAUAUGAGUUUUCCACAGCAAUUGGGAAUUUUUUGACUCAAGUGUAAUGUUUUAAUUGGCGAUCUAAAGCGGACCGUACACGGUCAACUUUAUUGACAUUAUGAUGACAUUUGAGAGCAUAAUGACAGCUGAACAUGGCCGACGACGCAGAAAUCCGGAUUUUCUGAUUUUCGAGCAUCAAUAUCGUGACAUUCCAUAUGGAUGCAUGAUGUUGACGUUUUACCUCACGGACUUCCAGACUGAGUUGCCAGAUAUGCAAGCGCACAUUUAAUUUUUGUUAGUCUUUUUUGCAAUUAAAAUUUAUAAACUACUGAAAUUGUAGGAAUCAUAAAUGGAAGCUUUUGGUUUGGAAAACCGAUACUUUGAAUAGCAAAAUACGGUACUUUUCACGAUACAAAUCAAAACUUCAAAGUAAACUGACAAUGUGAUGGUGAGAGAGUGGAUGAAAUUUAACAACGUUUUAGGAAUUUUUUAACGUUGAACUCGGUCAUUCUUUGCGCUAGUGAGCGGGUUGUGUGUUUCUUCACACUCCGCUAUAAAAUUUGGAGAAUGAGAAGAUCUGGGAAAAUCACAGAUGAAAAAACAUCAUGUGUUAAUUCAAGCUACAGUAGAAUCCCGAUUAUCCGCGGAAUAGUCGGGCAAACUCACCGCGAUUAACGAAAAUCGCGGAUGACCCAUUAAAGGACAAAAAAAUGCAAACACGAAAAGAGAUGUUUCAACAUAAAAACUAUGUUCUAUCAAUACAGAAAUCAAUCAACUAUCCAUCUAUAUAAGGUCGUGUACACCAGUGGCUAAAUAAUGUAAAAGCCAUGACCACAACAAAAGAGCAUGGACCUACCACUCACUAACAAAUUCCGGAAAGGCCUAUUGAUUUACUAUGGAAUUCGCAGUCACGAAUAAUCCGCAGGGCGGAUCACCCGCUCACGGAUAAUUGGGGUUCUACUGUCAUAGUCUCAUUUAUGGAAUAAAAACAUUUGCUUGCAGAUAAAAUAACUUGCAUAUAUUUUCGCAAACUAAAAUAAUCUGGCAUCUCUGAAACUGAAAGGAACAGUCUGUAUUUGUGAAACGAGUAUUAUGAUGUAUUUUUGGGAAGAAAAACCGAAUUCUAAAGUGUAAAUUUUGAAUGAAAAUUAACUUUUACGAAUCAAAUUAGUAUUCUAUGUGAAUGCAAAUCACUUUUUUUCUGCAAGUGGUAAGAAAAUCCCAUACGAAAAUUAUGUCUGAAAUUGACGUUAUAUUGGUGCCUAUUCUGUAUUCCGACGGAUUUCUAUUUCGUUCGAAAGUGAUAUUUCGAUCGUUUUCGAAUUUACCAUUCCCUAUUCCAAUCGUUUUGCUCGUUUCGAACGAAAGUGUUAGAAAAUUUCGAAUAUGCAUCGAUCUGUCAAAAACCGAUAAACAAAAAGAAACACCGUAUUAAAUAGCGGCGAGUGCGAGUUGAAUUUCAGUUAAUUUUUGAUCCUAAGAGAAAUUUGUGAGAAAAUUUUCUCGUUCAAUGGAUUCCGUUUUGUUACCGAUUUUGGCGGAGCAAGAAGAAAUUGGAAUGCCUUGCUACCAUCGGCGAAACCACCGAAAAUCAACCGACUUCAUGAAACUUUCUGAUGAAGCAUUCAUCAAAAGUUUUCGUCUAAGUAAGGAAGCUUUUCGGUACGUUUUAGAGGAAAUUGAGAACUGCCUUACCACAAGGAAAGGUGGUCUAUCCACGGAGGUGAAACUCGCAGCAUGUUUGCGAUUCUUUGCUGAAGGAAAUUAUCAACAUGGAGCAGGGCAAGAUUAUCACAUUGCCAUAGCACAGCCCACAUUUUCCAAGGUGCUGACUGAAAUGCUUAACAUUCUGGAGCGGACACUGUGUAAGAAAUGGAUUUCCCUAAAUAUGACGGAAGACGAACAGCGGCGUGCUAAACUACACUUCUAUCAGAAAACAUCAAUUCCGGGUGUUAUUAUGUGUUUGGAUGGAACCCACGUAAAAAUUAUUCCACCUAAGCUGAAUCGAAAUUUGUUUUUUAAUCGGAAGGGAUUUUAUAGUCUCAACGUUCUGAUUGUUUGUGACGAUCAGCAAAGGAUUCGUUUCGUUGAUCCUACCUUCCAGGGAUCUAAUCAUGACUCUCAUAUAUGGCGUGUAAGCCCUGCAAGAACUCACUUUGAGCAGCUUCACCAAAAUGGUGAAGUUAAUACUAAGAUUCUAGGUGAUGCUGGUUAUCCAUCGGAACCUUGGUUAGUAACGCCAUUCAGAGCAGCGGAGGAAGGGAGUUUGGAGAGCGAUUUUAAUCGCAGGCAUGCCUUGGGUCGUGCUAUCGUCGAGCGGACAAUCGGUUUACUAAAAAAUCGGUUUAGAUGCAUCCUUGGCGCGAGACAACUUCACUACAAUCCUACUAAAUGCGCUCAAAUUAUAAAUGUAUGCUGUGCACUUCACAAUAUAUGCUUAGAAUUUGGUCGUUCUCAGUAGUUAUAAUAUGUUAUGUAGCUGUUUACAUAAUAAACUUUUGUUUAAAUUAAUAUUUAUGACUGUUAAAUUUCAUCUAACUUGUUUGCAAAUGCUCAAAUAAAUAACAACCACCGGAAAAGGAAGUGUCUUCCUUACUUAACUAUGGUUUCGGCAGAAUUAUUUACUCUUAUUCCUGCCAACACUUUGAGAACAUGUCAUUAUCGAUUUCUCGUAAGCAGGCCAAGUAUUCAAAUAACCAUUAUUAAUACUUUUUGCGUUGUUUUAACCCCUUGCUGUACGAUUUAAUUUCCAACAGCACGGCCCAAAACGAGCACUUCGAGUCGUUCCGCUACUCUGCUGAGUGUGGGUAUCUAACAUGGGUGCCCUAUGAUGAGCAAAUACAUGUUGUGUUUAAAAUAAAAACGAAGGAGUUAUUACUACGUACUAACUCGUUCGUUUUUAUUUUAAUUAUAAUAUUCAAAUUAUAUUUUAUAUUUUUAGCUCAUUCAAUUUUUUUUUUAAAUAACGGAAAUUUGAUAAUCUUCAGUUGUCGGUAUCCUCAUCAUAUGCCUGAAGCUAUGUAAUUAUUUCACAUCGAGAAACAACGAGUGAAGUUCAAUGUUGUACGUGAAGGGGUUAAGGAAGUUCCAUAAACUAUAGGCGAAAUUCGUGAAUUUUAAAAAAGUUUAUAUAAUUUUGAUGCUAUUCCAAACAAACUUCAAAGAAAAAAUUAAGUAAGAUUUUUCUUCCAUGGAAAGAUAUAAAAAUACGAUUAGAACUUUUUUCAUUUUUUUAUACUUGAGUUACAAUAUAAAGAUAAAAAAUCAGAUCACUGAUAUUUUGAAACAUUAUUCUAAUGUUCUGAAAUAUACGCAAUCUGCGUUUCAAGGAUUUGUCGCUUGACUAUUGAUUUCUCCAGCGCGAUCUUCUCAUCUCGUGGUUAUGUCGUUUUUGUUCACUCAGAUGUUCUUUGAGUGUGGCAUCCACGGAAAGAAUCGCUCGAGCUGAUUGGCGCUGAUAAUGAACCAGAUCACUCAAAUUCUUGUUUGUGUUUUUUAACAGGGAUUUCACAUUGGUGUGAAAUUUGUUUUGUUGCUCGACUUGCAGCUCUAAUAGCCUCGUGGUAGAAGGUCUGGAUUUUUUCGGCUGAGAGGGCUGGAAGUGAAUGGUAUUAUUGAUACCGUCACACUCGUCGGAAGUACCAUAAUAUAUAAAAUUUUCCUGGUCUGCAGCUUGAGGUUCACCCGAAGGCGAAUCCAACUGUGUUCCAUGAGAUGAGGUACCCGGGAUUCCUUCCACGGUCGCAAGUAACCCAGUUAGUAGAACUGCCUGCUCCUCCAGCUCGGACAAAUUGAUAAUUUUAUUGGGUCCUCCACCUGUCGCCCUCUGCUCCCGUUUGUUGUGAGCGAGUUUUCGCUUUAAUCCGGACUUAGUCCGCCCAAACCUACACAGAAAACCAGGGCAAAAAUAAGACUAUAAACAUAUGUUUCGGAUUCGUUUUAGUAUAUACCUUUUUCCAUCCACUUCCAUCGCGAAUAGGCGGUCCCAAACUAUUGACUUCUGCCGCCAGAUCAUCCCAGAAGGGUCCGGAAUUUCCUCGGGAGAAACCCUUUGCUAUGUCCGGCUCUUGCUCCAGAAGCAGCACAAUCCGCUCGAACUGAUUUUUAGUGGUUGUUUUGUUUUUGUUUUUUUCCCUGUUGAACGUUAAAAUUAAUUUAAAGAAAAAAAUGAUUAAAAAUUAGCUUACAUUUUUGCAGUUCACCGCUCAUCCGCUGCGGAAAUUAUUCACUCCUUCAUAAACAAAGUGGGUUUGACGUUUGGUUUGAUUCGAAUGAAAGAUGUUCGAAAACAAAACAGUCCGAACGAAAGGUAUUCGAAUUUGAAAACACCUCGAACGAAACAGGGAAUGGAAUUUACCAAGUCGUUCGAAAUAUUUCGAAUCGAUUGAAAUACAGAAUAGACACCAUUAUAAUAAUACAUUUUAGUAGGAAUAUCUGAAAAUUCAGGGGAAAUAGGUUAAGUUAAGGUUAGGAAUACGCGCUUCAACUAAUUAAAUAAUACCAAGUAGAUAUUUUCAUUCAAAUUUUACCAAUUGAAAAUUGCCUUUUAGCCUUCUAAUCUGAUAGAGAAUAGUUUGGAUCCCAAACUCAAAUGUCGCCACUAGCCAUCGCGGAUAUUUUCGUUGUCUCGGGUUGAGGGCGAUAUUGACCGUGUAAGGUGGAAAAAUAUUGAUUGAGGUUAGAUCAGAUGUUGAAAGCCUAGCUGUCACGAUAUUGAAGACACUUAUUGUCAAUCCGGUUGACCGUGUAAGGUGCCCAUAACGCAAAACGUAAACGAUCGGUGAGACAUCUGGAUUUUGUUUUUGAACUAAGAAAAUGAUGCUAAUGUAACCUAAAACUCAAAAACAAAUCACGUAUAUUUUACUUUCGUGCUUUCCAGGUACUUCUUACAUACAGGAAUCAUGCAUUUUUCUACUUGUUUUUGAUUGUGCUCUCGAAUUUCCUUCUUUAAUUCAACCAUUGUCAAUAUUUAUACAGUUUUCACUACUGAAAGAGGUAAACAAAUAACAUGUUAUAUAUGAAACUGCGCAGAAUUAAAUUUCUUCAAAAUUCAUCAAAUAAUCUUUUAUGAUUAUAACAGUGUAAUUUAUGGAAAGAACUACAAACCUCCCAUAAACUCGCAUUGCAAAAUUUGAAACCAUCAUCACUUUAACCGCAGCGCCGCCUAGGUGUAGAUUUGUACGUUAGAUCGCCAAUAGGGCCUGUCGAUUUUACCAAGAACAAGAGAAAUAUUUGAUAAUUUAUAUCUCGAAAACUAUGAGUCGUACCGAAAUAGUGUCUUAUGGCGGGUUUACAUUAGGGAGAUCUAUAACUAUAGAUGUAUUUAUUCACCUGAAAAUAGACGUAAACGAGUGAGAAUAUAUAUGAUACACUUCUUCGAGGUAUAUAUGUAUAGAAUGUAUAGAAUAAAUUAAAGCAUAUGUAAACGCUGGUGAAUUUCUCACUGGUGAGAAAUCACCAAAGUUGGAUGCAGUUUUAUUUCAAGUGAAUAAAUUCGCCGAAAAUAUGAAUAUAUUCAUUAUAUAAGUUCACGCUAGUGUAAACGGUUGAUGCGGUUUCUAUAAUCUCAUCAUAUUUCUUCAAACGAAUAUAUUACUAGUCUAAACCCACCCUUAGAAAGAGUUAAAGAGUAUAGAUAUUUAACCCUUCCACGGGUAGUGGCAACUAUAUUGUCUCCAACGCUUUUUUUUUUCUUCAACAAUAAAUUAUCACUUCUAGCCUCUUGCAGUAUCUAGUUUUGACAUCAUGCCUGAUUUUUUUGAGCAUGAAAAAAUAAAGAAAUGUUCAUUUUGGAGACAUUUUCGUGCUAAAAACUCCCAGUUUGGAGCAGCAAGAGCCAUUUUUGUAACGCUCUCACUUCCGCAUGUCCUACAAAUGAAAAUGUUUUCUGGGUGGUUGCAAUACGGGAGAACACAUGAUAGAUACAUAUAUCCUAUGGAAACGUUAACAAAUAACAAAUUGGUGUUGAUGGUUCAAUUAUGACAAUUGCAUGUUUCACUUGAUACAAAUAGAAUUUUAACGCAAAAUUUUUGAACUCCCCUC